AUGAAUGAGGAUGGUUCCCUCCCAAUCAAGACGCGGCAGAUCGAGAAGGCGCGACGGUGUGGUUUUUCCACCCUCCCCUUCCCCCCGCUUUGCUCCCCUUUCCGCUGCGCGAUUCCAAUUCCCGGCGCCCGAUUCCCCUUCCCGCCGCCCGAUUCCCCUUCCCGCCGCCCGAUUCCCCUUCCCGCCGCCCGAUUCCCCUUCCCGCCGCACCGUGAGCCCCUUUCCGCCGCCCGACUCCCUUUCCCGCCUCCCGAUUCCCCUUUCCGCAUACCCUUUGACCUUCCCGCCGCCCAAUUCCCCUUUCCCGCCGCCCGAUUCGCCUUUCCCGCCGCCCGAAUCCCCAUUCCCGCCGCCAGAUUCCCCUUCUCGCUGCCCGAUUCCCCUUCCCGCCGCCCGAUUCCCCUUCCCGCCGCCCCUUUGACCUUCCCGCCGGCCCAUUCCCCUUGCCGCCGCCCGAUUCCCCAUUCCCGCCGCCCGUUUCCCCGUUCCCGACCCCCAUUCUCCCCUUCCCGCCUCCCAUUCUCCCAUUCCCGCCUCCCAUUCUCCCCUUCCUGCCUCCCUUCUCUCCCUUCCCUUCAUUCCCUCCCUUCUCUCCCUUCCCUCCCUUCCCUCCCUUCCCUCCCUUCCCUCCCUUCCCUCCCUUCCCUCCCUUCCCUCCCUUCCCUCCCUUCCCUCCCUCCCAUCCCUUCCCUCCCUUCUCUCCCUUCCCUCCCUUCCCUCCCUUCCGCCCUUCUCUCCCUUCCCGCCCUUCUCUCCCUUCCCUCCCUUCUCUCCCUUCAUUCCCUUCUCUCCCUUCCCUCCCUUCCCUCCCUUCCAUCCCUUCCAUCCCUUCCCUCCCUGCUCUCCCUUCUCUCCCUUCCCGCCCUUCUCUCCCUUCCCUCCCUUCUCUCCCUUCAUUCCCUUCUCUCCCUUCCCUCCCUUCCCUCCCUUCCAUCCCUUCCAUCCCUUCCCUCCCUGCUCUCCCUUCUCUCCCUUCCCGCCCUUCUCUCCCUUCCCUCCCUUCUCUCCCUUCCCUCCCUUCUCUCCCUUCCCUCCCUUCCCUCCCUUCCAUCCCUUCCAUCCCUUCCCUCCCUGCUCUCCCUUCCCUCCCUUCUAGUCCUUCCCUCCCUUCUCUCCCUUCCCUCCCUUCUCUCCCUUUCCUCCCUUCUCUCCCUUCUCACCCCUCCACCCCGCCUCCCCAUCUCCCUGUCGCGCCUCCCCAUCUCCCUGUCCCGCCUCCCCAUGAGAGCUGCCUCCCUUCUCAUCUCGCGUACCUCCUUUCCUCUCUUCCUUGGUGUGCAAUAUCAUUCUCGGUCAUGCCUCCUCAUCUCAUCUCCCCUUCAUGCCUCCCACCACCUCUCCCUCCCUUCCCAUCUCCCCUUCAUGCCUCCCACCACCUCUCCUUCCCUUCCCAUCUCCCCUUCAUGCCUCCCACCACCUUUCCCUGCCUUCUCAUCUCCCCUUUUCGGCAUCCUCCCUCCCUCUAUCCUCAUUUCCCCUCCCUCCAUCCUCAUUUCCCCUCCCUCCAUCCUCAUUUCCCCUCCCUCCAUCCUCAUUUCCCCUCCCUCCAUCCUCAUUUCCCCUCCCUCCAUCCUCAUUUUCCCUCCCUCCAUCCUCAUUUCCUCUCCCUCUAUCCUCAUUUCCCCUCCCUCCAUCCUCAUUUCCCCUCCCUCCAUCCUCAUUUCCCCUCCCUCCAUCCUCAUUUUCCCUCCCUCCAUCCUCAUUUCCUCUCCCUCCAUCCUCAUUUCCCCUCCCUCCAUCCUCAUUUCCCCUCCCUCCAUCCUCAUUUUCCCUCCCUCCAUCCUCAUUUCCUCUCCCUCUAUCCUCAUUUCCCCUCCCUCCAUCCUCAUUUCCCCUCCCUCCAUCCACAUUUCCCCUCCCUCCAUCCUCAUUUCCCCUCCCUCCAUCCUCAUUUCCUCUCCCUCCAUCCUCAUUUCCUCUCCCUCCAUCCUCAUUUCCUCUCCCUCCAUCCUCUUUUCCCCUCUCUCCAUCCUCAUGUGCUGCCAUCACUUUCCCCAGCAGCAUGCGCAGCGCUAUGAUCUGCAGGGGAUGGCAUGGGGGAAAGACCCGGAGGGGAAGUGA